AUGGAGGAGCCGGAAUGGCAACCUCCGAAUGCCCAUCAUAGAUUUUGCUUGCGGCAUUUGUUAAGUAACUUCAACCGUCAAAUGGGUAGUGUGAAGCUGAAGAAGAUGUAUGGAAGGACUGCAGAGCAAAGACAACCACAUAAGGUAAUCGAGGGAUUGAAGGCUAUUGGUGUUGCUACUGUCACUUUACUUGACGUAGCUAUACUUACACGGCUUCCCAUCGAGGGACAUGCCGUUUGCACCGUUGGAUGCCAACUGGAAAGUUGGCAAGAUAAAGUCCAUAGGAUAUUAGGAGUUCGACCUCCCGCAGAGGUAACCAAAGGGAGUGCGUUGCGCGUUACAUGGAUUGCGCAGCAUUUCUCGCACCUCCCCGAUGGUGCUGAUGAGCCUACCGUUGAGAGAUACGCUAAGGCGUAUCUCUUAUAUCUGAUUGGUGCUGUCUUGUUCUCCGACAAGACUGGCAACAGGGUACAACUUCUGUACUUGACGUUGCUUGACGCGCCCUGGGAGGUCGUCUCCAGUUACAGCUGGGGUUCCGUAGCCCUAGCUUAUUUGUACAGAAGACUAUGUGAAGCUUCACGGAAGAACGUGAAGGAGAUCACUGGGCCGCUGAUUAUUCUCCAAGGCAUCCCGCCGCCUUGUGACACACUGGCGGAUCUCCAUCACAGUUCACGUAAGGGUCGGGAGCCCAAGAACUGGUUGGAGAUCAACUGGCGCCAUGUAGCUCGUUGGGAUCAAAGGCUGGAGCUGCUGGCCUAA